UAUUACUCCUCAGCCAGAGCUUCACUUCUGACAGGACGAUUACCAGUUAGAAAUAGAUUCUAUACCACCAAUGCCCAUGCCAGGAAUGCCUACACACCCCAGGAGAUAGUAGGAGGGAUCUCAAAGGAUGAAAUUCUAUUACCACAGGUACUGAAGAAGAAAGGUUACGUCAACAAGAUCAUCGGCAAGUGGCAUCUUGGUCACAGAGCUCCUCACCUACCUCUGGAGCAUGGUUUUGAUGAAUGGUUUGGUGCUCCAAACUGCCACUUCGGGCCCUACAACAGCAGCGACAGGCUUAAUGUCCCGGUCUACAACAACUCUCAGAUGGUGGGAAGAUACUAUGAGGAGUUUGGGAUCGAUAAGAAAAUUGGAGAAUCUUACCUUACACAAAUCUACUUGGAGGUACAGUACAGUGGUGGAGCUGGACUACAGUGUUGGACAGAUCCUGUCCUGGCUGCGUGCUUAGGGCAUCGAAAAGGACACCUUUGUGUUCUUCACCUCAGACAACGGGGCCGCAGUGAUGUCCGGCCCCAAGUGAGCCAGCAGCUGCGGACUGUGGUGGAUCUGUUCAGCACCAGUCUGUCUGUGGCUGGCCUCAGCGUUCCAGACGACAGGCUCAUAGAUGGACUGGACCUCAGCCCUGUCCUCCAUAACAACACACUCAUCAACAGGCCCAUCUACUAUUACCGCGGCAGCGGGAUGAUGGCAGUCAGGGUUGGGCCUUACAAGGCCCACUAUUGGACGUGGAGCAACUCAUGGGAGGAGUUUAACCAGGGCAUUCACUUCUGUCCAGGCCAAGAGGUGGCAGGCGUGACCACCCACACCCAACAGGAACACACAAUGCAGCCACUCAUCUUCCACCUGGGGCGGGACCCCGGGGAGAAAUAUCCUAUCAGGCUGCUGGCCAUGUGCUCCUUGGGCACCCAGCUGGACCGGCUGGCCGUCAUUAAUCUCUGUCUGCACCUAAAGAGCCACUUAAGAUGA